CAACGAGAAGAUAAACAAAUUACUAAGAUGAUAAUAUGUCUGUUUUUUUGUAUACAUUUUUAUUAAUUGUUUUCGUGUGACUCUAUGUUGUGGUCUUUAACAGCAGGACGUCACAUUAAGAGCUGUUUUACUUGCAGCUGUGAAAAACAUUAUAAGUAUCAGUUAGCCAGCUAGCUGGAAGGGUUAUCAACGCUACUGAAAGUUUUCAACCCCCGAAGAAAAUAAAUGGACUCGGACGUUUUCACGGACGCCGCAAAAGAUGAUUCGUUGCCUCUGGCGUCGCUACGCCUCCUGGUGCCUCCUCUGCAGCUCAUGGCGGCCUCCAUGUGGCAAGUGUUGAGGAAACAGGAAGUUAUGAACUACUGGAAGGUGUCAGACUUUGUGUCGCUUGUAGUGGACAUGGUCCCUGAGCUGCUGAUGUGCAGACAUAGGACUCAUCUGACUUUAGGAUUAAGAGUUCGGUUUAUAAUUGAGUUGUGUCGAAAUGAGCAGCCAAAUGAGAUGAUCCUGUCUUACUUGGACAAGAUGACAUCAAAUCAUCCCACUGAGGUAAGCGAACCAGAUGACUUGGUAAAAACCAACUUUGUCGAGUUGAUUCAGGUUCUUCUUGAGGAUCCUGAAGAAAGAAAGGACUUUUUCAUGGGGAUCUUCCCUGAGAACUACGGUCCUCAGUACGACAGUGACUUGCAGACACUGUUUGCAGAGUUUCUCUGCCGACUUUCUCAGCUGUUGCCGGUUCCUGACCUUGAGCAGACUGUUUCCUGGCUCGGAGCUGAUUGUUCUCUGUUGGAAGAAUGUUUGCAGUUUGUUUCUGAGCCCAAAGACCUAAAAAACCUGCUACAACACCAGAAGAACAUUGGACAUUUAGACCAGCAUGUUCCACCUGCUGGUAUAGGUGACGGCAUCUGUUCCUCUCUUUCUGCCCUUCCUGCACGGAGAUCGGCAGAAACUGCUGGGCGAGGUGACCUCAUUGUGGACCCAGAGGUGGUAACAGUUUCUGAUUACUCGGUGGUUGAAAUAGACACGAGCUCCAACGUCGAGGUGCUGAUGGAAGAAAACUGCUUUGAAGAAAAUGAAGACUCGGUCGGACUUUGCGCGGUUGUGCUUUUGGAGGAGAAAUCGAGCGAAGAGGCGUCUGAAAGAGAUGCAGCAGAACUUCCGUCCUCCUCUCAACGUAAAGCUGCUACAGGACCACACGACUGCCCCCACUGUGAGAAGAAAUUUAAAUUUGCCUCUUCGCUGCUGGCUCACAGCGUCAUCCACACGGGGGAACGCCCCCACCGCUGCGAUGACUGCGGCCGCUGCUUCUCCUUUAGGCAGUCCUUGGACCGGCACAGACGGACGCACAGAAAGGGCAGUGCUUCUAUCCGUCCCGUCCGGGGAGAGACUUUACCGUCCCUAACAGGCGGCGUGAAGCACAGGCAGACACACACAGAACAUGACGACUACUGCAACUUGAAAUUUAGCUCCAAGCUAGCCCUCAGGAAGCAGUUAGAGACUCCCUCUGUUGAUGGCAAACUCCAAGAGGAGAGACAAGACACUAAAAGUGCGACAGAUCCGGACGCUGUGAGAUUGGAGGAGAGUGGUGACCCCUCCUCCUCUGAAGAAGAAAACUGCAUCAACCCAUCGAAGGUCCGCACAAGCGUUCGCAAGCGUAGACCCACCAUGAAGGUCCAGGAGAUGAACUUACAGAAGCACCUGAUCACUAAUGAAAGGAAGGAGAUGAGCAUGGAGAAGCCCUCAGCACCGAGGCCUUCACCUGUCAUUAGUUCGGAGCACUCCUACGGGUCGCCAUUGGUCACAAAGCAAGGGGAUGGAACAGGUUGUCCAGCAGACGCCCCAGUCGUCACUUUCUCCUGCGCUCAGUGCCCCUUCCAGCACUCAGAGGAAGAGCAGGUCCUGCAGCAUGUUGACAAGGUUCACACCACUGAAGCCGCAGACCCACAGGAACACUUGAGCUGUGCAGAAUGUGGGAAGGUCUUCAGGUUCCUCUCCUUACUCAAAGCCCACCAGCGCGUUCACACAGGAGAGCAGCCGUUUUCAUGCCCUCAGUGUGGGCGGCAGUUCUCCUUUAAACAGUCGCUGGAGAGGCACAAGCAGACGCAUUCGUCUGAAAGUAAGUCGUGUCUGAUCUGCGGGGAGCUUUUCAAGUCGGCAGCAGAGCAAAGCAGACACCAGAGUGUCCACUUAGAGGAUGGGGACUACCGCUGCUCAGAGUGUAGUCAGACCUUCAGCGGGAAGACGGCAUUCGUGAAGCAUCUUAAGAACCAUGGAAUGGAUCUUGGGGAGGUGGAGGAGUCUGAACGACACCUGAACCGGCACUUCCUUACCCACAGGGAGGAAAAACAUCACAGGUGCAACUGUGGGAAGAGCUUUCCUCACCGGGCCGCUCUCACUGCUCACCAACGGACACAUCAAAGAGAACGGCCGCACACGUGCGCUCAGUGCAGUAAGGGCUUCCUCUAUAAGGGCGGCUUACUGAGCCACAUGAAGAUCCACUCCGAGGAAAUGCCCUUCAUGUGCUCCUUCUGUGGCAAGAGCUUCAAGAGGGAGCGCAACAUGAAGAAACACGAGCGAUGCCACACGCGGGAAAACGUCUUCCGCUGCUCACAGUGCGACAAAAGCUUUGUGUACAAGGCCACCUUGAUCCGACACGAGCUGACGCACUCGGGCGAGAGACCGUACCUUUGCUCCGACUGCGGCAAGGGUUUCUUCUCGCAUGCGGAGCUCUUAAAGCACGAGCGUUUCCACACGGGACACAAGCCAUUCCAGUGUCCUCACUGUGGGAAGAAGUUCACCCAGUCCUGUUACCUGACCAUCCAUCUCCGCUACCACACGGGGGCACGGCCAUAUUCCUGCUCCGAGUGCGACAAGAGCUUCCUGAGUGCCAACCGGCUGAAGAGACACCAGCGGACACAUACAGGGGAAAAGCCCUAUCUGUGUAUAGAAUGUGGGAAGGGAUUCAGGCAGUCCUAUCACCUUAAAACACAUCUGCGGACACAUCUGUCAUGAACAUUGGUGAUUAAGACUGCAAAUUAUAAACAUACAAAACAACUUACUGGUAUUGAUGGUAAAUAUAUUCAAAUGUGUUACACCUUACUGAGAUAUUUAAAGAUACAAACCAGUGCCAGGUCUUGGUACCCCAAAGCAGAGGAAACUCUUUACCAUUUACACUCCAACUUCUGGUCUGAGUACCUACGUUGGUAGCAGUUUAAAAGUUAAAUACAGAUAAUGAUGCAAAGCUAUAUACAUCCGCAGUAAAAAUUUAAGUUAUUUAGGCAACAAUACUUCAGGCAGAAUUAAUAUAAUUUAAAGGAUAUUAGUGGUAAAUUUUCAAAGAAAUACAAGUUUAAACUUCAUCUGAUAAGACCUAAC